AUGUCGUUGUCUGAUAAAGAAUUAUUUGAGUUAAAUAAAAAGGCCGUCACCGAGGGUUUCAAGAUUAAGCCAAGACUUGAAUACAACACUGUCGGUGGUGUUAAUGGUCCAUUGGUUAUCUUGGAUAACGUCAAGUUCCCAAGAUAUAACGAAAUUGUCAACUUGACUUUACCAGAUGGAUCCAAGAGAGCAGGGCAAGUAUUGGAAGUCAGAGGUACCAAGGCUAUUGUCCAAGUUUUCGAAGGUACUUCCGGAAUCGAUGUCAAGAAGACCAAGGUUGAAUUCACGGGUCAAAACUUGAAGAUCCCUGUCUCUGAAGACAUGUUGGGUAGAAUUUUCGAUGGUUCAGGUAGACCAAUUGAUAAAGGUCCAAAGAUUUUCGCUGAAGACUACUUGGAUAUUAACGGUUCUGCCAUUAACCCAUACGCUCGUAUUUAUCCAGAAGAAAUGAUUUCCACUGGUAUCUCUGCCAUUGAUACUAUGAACUCCAUUGCUAGAGGGCAAAAGAUUCCUAUUUUCUCUGCUUCUGGUUUACCACAUAACGAAAUUGCUGCUCAAAUUUGUAGACAAGCCGGGUUAGUCAGACCAACCAAGGAUGUCCAUGACGGUCAUGAAGAAAAUUUCUCUAUCGUCUUCGCCGCUAUGGGUGUUAAUUUGGAAACUUCCAGAUUUUUCAAACAAGAUUUCGAAGAAAACGGAUCCUUAGACAGAACUACGUUGUUCUUGAAUUUGGCUAAUGAUCCAACUAUUGAAAGAAUUAUUACUCCACGUUUGGCCUUGACCACCGCUGAAUACUUGGCUUAUCAAACCGAAAGACAUGUUUUAACCAUUUUAACUGAUAUGUCUUCUUAUGCUGAUGCCUUGAGAGAAGUCUCUGCUGCCAGAGAAGAAGUUCCAGGUAGAAGAGGUUAUCCAGGUUAUAUGUAUACCGAUUUGUCCACUAUUUACGAAAGAGCUGGUAGAGUUGAAGGUAGAAACGGUUCCAUCACUCAAAUCCCAAUCUUAACCAUGCCUAACGAUGAUAUCACCCAUCCAAUUCCAGAUUUAACUGGUUAUAUUACCGAAGGUCAAAUUUCUGUUGAUCGUCAAUUACAUAAUAGAGGUAUCUACCCACCAAUUAACGUGUUGCCAUCAUUGUCUCGUUUAAUGAAGUCCGCUAUUGGUGAAGGUAUGACUAGAAAGGAUCACGGUGAUGUUUCCAAUCAAUUGUACGCCAAGUACGCUAUUGGUAAGGAUGCAGCUGCCAUGAAGGCCGUUGUUGGUGAAGAAGCUUUAUCUAAUGAAGAUAAGUUGUCAUUGGAAUUCUUGGAAAAGUUCGAAAAGAACUUCAUUGCCCAAGGUGCUUACGAAGACAGAUCCGUUUUCGAAUCUUUGGAUCAAGCAUGGUCUUUGUUAAGAAUUUAUCCAAAGGAAUUAUUGAACAGAAUCAGUCCAAAGAUCUUAAACGAAUUCUAUGAUAGAGAAAGAUCGCAAGACGAUGAAGAAGAAGAUGAAGAAGAAGACAAAAAGGAUGAAAACUUAAUUGAAGCUUAG